GCCAAUCAGCGGCAGAGGCAUCUUUGCGUCAGCCUAAUGAGGGGAGCAUCUGUCACGCACAUGAACGGGCGCGAGAACGCUGGAUCAGCUGAGUGAAACUGACACCCCACCCACAAGAAAAAUCUGCCAAAUAGCAGACAGGCAGCAGCAUUUUGGACCAGCUGCAGGCAACAUUGAAGAGAGUUGUCCAACACUGCAUAAAGAGAGUUUCAGUUGUCCACUCUCAGGGCAAUAAAAGCAUGCAACGCCCUGUGAAGGCCACUCUAAGAUCUAGUCGCCCCCCGGCCCUUCCAUUCAGGCUGGCAGCAUCCUGCUCCGUGUCCAACAUGACGUCCAACAUCAGGUACCGGAGUCGCGCGUCCCGUGCAGAUGAUGCGGAGGACAAAGAAUAUGUGGGCUUUGCGACACUGCCGAACCAACUGCACAGGAAGUCGGUGAAAAAAGGCUUUGACUUCACGCUCAUGGUGGCAGGUGAGUUUGGCCUGGGUAAAUCUACGCUUGUCAACAGCCUGUUCCUUACAGAUCUGUACAAAGAGAGGAAGCUGCUCAAUGCUGAGGAGCGCAUCAAACAGACGGUGGAGAUCACAAAGCGCACAGUGGACAUUGAGGAGAAGGGGGUGAAGCUUAAACUGACUAUUGUGGAUGUGCCAGGUUUCGGAGAUGCUGUCAACAAUACAGAGUGCUGGACACCGGUAACAAACUACAUCAACCAGCAGUUUGAACAGUACUUCAGGGAUGAAAGUGGGCUGAACAGGAAGAACAUCCAGGACAACAGGAUCCACUGCUGCCUUUACUUUAUAUCUCCAUUUGGACAGGGGCUUCGUCCCAUCGAUGUGGAGUUCAUGAAGGCCCUUCAGGAUAAAGUUAACGUGGUUCCUCUCAUCGCUAAAGCAGACUGCCUCACUCCCUCUGAGAUAAAGAAGCUCAAAGAGCAGGUGAGGGAGGAGAUCGAUAAGUAUGGGAUAAAGAUUUACCACUUCCCUGACUGCGACUCUGAUGAAGACGACGAAAUCAAGCAGCAAGAUAAAGGGCUGAAGGAGAGCCUUCCGUUUGCAGUGAUCGGUGGGAACACCGUGCUGGAGGUUCGAGGUCAGAGAGUGAGGGGGCGCCUGUAUCCUUGGGGGAUUGUAGAGGUGGAGAACCCGUCCCACUGUGACUUCGGGAAGCUCAGGAACAUGCUGAUAAGAACUCACAUGCACGACCUGAAGGACACCACCAAUGAUUGUCACUAUGAAAACUACAGGGCCCAGUGUAUCCAGAAUAUGACCAGUAAGAUGAAUGCAGAUAAGCGGGUGGAGAGUCCCAUCCCGAUCCUGCCGCUGUCCACGCCAACUGUGGAGACAGAGAAGCUUAUCAAGAAGAAAGAUGAAGAACUGAGGAGGAUGCAGCAGAUGCUUCAGAAGAUGCAGCAGCAGAUGCACGGGCAAGACCUGUGACCUUUCAUCGUCCCUUUUACAGCAGCGGAAAUCUCAGACACACAGUGUGAUCCUUACUGCUGCCCUCCUUCCAGGGUUGAGAAGAUAAAUCUCUCUUUACUUAUAACAGAUAAAGUGUUUUUUAAUACAGCAUGUAGUCCUUAGCCAAGUGAGUAUUGAUAGGGAACAGAUUGUAUCAGAUAGACCAAAGUAGAUUAACAAAGCAAAUGCAAUGCUUUGCUGAAAUACUAAUUAAAGGUACCCCAACAAAUACUGUUGUACAGAACUGGUCAAAAGUUAUUAUGUUUUGGAAUAUUAAGAUCAGAAACAUGGAUAUUUUUAGAAACAAAUGCAUAAGAAAGCAGAUUUAUAUAAUCAAAAUAUUUAAAAUAAUUAAAUACAGGGUUUCUUUUGGUGAAAGGAAAAAAAACACAAGCACAAUAUUAAAUGUAGAAAUGCAAACAUGAAGAACCUGGAUUACCAGGAGUGAUGGCAGUGACCAGUGAUCUUCACCAAAAUGUAAUGACAGUUUUCUAACAUUUGGUUUGGUAGCCUGAGUGCCCUUUUUGACAAGCAGGCAAUGAUCACUUGUCUUUUGAGGCUUAAUUGUGCACAUAAUGUGUGGGCGGGUCAGAGGUUUACAGGCGCUCAUCGUGGCCAUGAAUAUCAUAUUCAUUUUGGGCUUUUAAUUGAUGCAUUUAAACUGAGUGCAAUGAUACUACAAGAUGCAAAUGUAAUGAAUUUUAAAAGCAAAAGAAAUGGUGCUCAAGUUUGUAUUUAGAGUG